ACUUAUUGACAAUAAAACUGUUCAUCAUUGAAGUCGAAAUGGGUUCACGACUUCGGCUGCUUGAACUCGUUCUUCUUGCUUAUUUAAUCAAACAGUUUACCAACGUUCAAUGCACUUCCCACGACCCAGCGUUUUCCACCUUCGACUAUUGCUUUUUAAAGGCAGUGAAUCGUACCUAUAAAUACCUUUCCUUAAAAGUGAAGUUGCAUAAAAUACCCGUUACCAAAAUAAGAAUUCACAUUGCACUGCUGAAGCGAUUAAAUGGUUAUAAGCCGUUUCUCUAUAACUUUUCAGUAGAUCCCUGCCAAUUUAUAAAAAAUCCUAAAGCUAAUCCCGUUGCUAAUUACGUUCACGGCUUCUUCAAGGAUUACUCCAAUAUAAAUUCUACGUGUCCCAUUGAUUACGAUCUUGUGGUUGAAAAACUUCCAAUAUCUCACAUCAAUAGGCAUGUAACCGAUGUUCUGCCGGUCCCUCAUGGACAAUAUUUGCUUCAUUCUAACUGGUAUGCCUACAACAUCAACCGUGCUACGGUUAACGUAUAUACGAGAAUUUUUUAA